UCAGCUGCGUCGUAUUACAAAACUUCCUGGUUUGGCCAUUGAAACAGAUGUCGCCUCUCCGUUAGAUGUUCGGUAAAUGUUAACAGCUCCGUCUCCUAUCAUAGCAGGUUAACAGUGUGACCGCCGCCGCCGCCAUCAUGAACCCGGAGAAGGACUUCGCUCCGCUGACGCCCAACAUCGUGCGGGCUCUGAACGACAAACUGUACGAGAAGAGGAAAGUCGCCGCCUUGGAGAUCGAGAAGCUGGUCCGGGAGUUCGUGGCUCAGAACAACUCCACACAGAUCCGACAUGUCAUCCAGAUCCUGGCGUCGGAGUUCGCCCUCUCGCAGCACCCCCACAGCCGCAAGGGGGGUCUGAUCGGACUGGCCGCCUGCUCCAUCGCGCUCGGUAAGGACUCGGGUCUGUAUCUGAAGGAGCUCAUCGAGCCGGUGCUCACGUGCUUCAAUGACUCAGACAGCCGCCUGCGCUACUAUGCUUGCGAGGCCCUCUAUAACAUAGUCAAAGUGGCCCGGGGGGCCGUGCUGCCCCACUUCAACCUGCUCUUCGAUGGCCUAAGCAAGCUCGCAGCAGAUCCGGAUCCCAAUGUGAAGAGCGGAUCAGAGCUUCUGGACCGACUGCUGAAGGACAUAGUGACGGAGAGCAACAAGUUUGACCUGGUGGCGUUCGUCCCGCUGCUGAGGGAGAGGAUCUACUCCAACAACCAGUAUGCCAGGCAGUUCAUCAUCUCCUGGAUCCACGUCCUGGAGACGGUGCCAGAUAUCAACCUGCUGGACUACCUCCCCGAAAUCCUGGACGGGCUCUUCCAGAUCCUGGGAGACAACAGCAAGGAGAUCCGCAGGACGUGUGAGGUGGUGCUGGGGGAGUUUCUGAAGGAGAUCAAAAAGACGCCGUCCAGCGUGAAAUUUGCAGAGAUGGCCAACAUCUUGGUCAUCCACUGCCAGGUCGCCGAUGAGACCAAACUCACAAACGACCUGAUCCAGCUCACGGCUAUGACCUGGAUGAGAGAGUUUAUCCAGCUCGCGGGCAGAGUGGUGCUCCCCUACACCUCUGGCAUCCUCACUGCAGUGCUGCCCUGCCUGUCCUACGAUGACAGGAAGAAGAACACCAAAGAAGCGGCCAGCGCCUGUAACCACAGUCUGAUGAAGCUGGUGACCGCCGAGGAUGAUGAGGAUGAGGAGGAGGAGAAAAGUGGAAGCAUGGAGUCGCCGGCCAGGGAAGACGGACAGCCCAAGACGGAGGCAGACAGCAAUGAUAUGCUGAAUGCGUCCCAAGAAUCUGUUGGUUUCAGUAACAUCAGCUUCUUUGCUCCAGCGAGUGCCGACCGGCCUCAGGUGUCACUGGACCUGGAUGGGAUUGUUCAGGUGUUGGACCGUCACCUCCACGACUCCUCCACUGGCAUGAUGACCCGUAUCGCCGUGCUCAAGUGGCUCUACCACCUCUACAUCAAGACGCCGCGCAAAAUGUUCCGCCACACAGACAGCUUGUUUCCCAUGCUGCUGAAAACACUGUCUGAUGAGUCUGAUGAGGUGAUCCUGAAAGAUCUGGAGGUUUUAGCUGAGAUUGCAUCAUCUCCCGCCGGCCAAACGGACCAAUCAGGCGCCUGCGACGGCACCGACAGCAAACUGGUGCUCAAGGUCCCGGACGGUGCCAAACCUGGACAGCAGCACAGCACGGGCUCCAAAGCCGUGGACUCCUCCCCCUCCACUCCCAGUAUGAACUCCUAUUUUUACAAGUUCAUGAUCAACCUCCUGAAACGCUUGAGUCAAGAGAGGAAGCUUCUCGAGAACCGAGGAGCUUUCAUCAUCAGGCAGCUGUGUUUGCUGCUUCAUGCGGAGAACAUCUUCCACUCCAUGGCUGACAUCUUGUUGAAGGAGGAGGACCUCAAGUUUGCCUCCACUAUGGUUCAGACACUCAACACCAUCCUGCUCACCUCUGCCGAGCUCUUCCAGUUACGCAACCAGCUGAAAGACCUGCGCACCCAGGAGAGCUGCGCUCUGUUUUGCUGCCUCUAUCGUUCGUGGUGCCACAACCCGGUGGCCACUGUGUCGCUCUGCUUCCUCACACAGAACUACAAACACGCCUAUGACCUCAUCCAGAAGUUUGGAGAUCUAGAAGUGACGGUAGACUUCCUGAUGGAGGUGGACAAACUUGUGCAGCUCAUAGAAAGCCCCAUUUUCACCUACCUGCGGCUGCAGCUGCUGGAUGUGGAGAACAACCCUUACCUGAUCAAGGCGCUGUACGGUCUGCUGAUGCUGCUGCCACAGAGCCAGGCCUUCCAGCUGCUCUCCCACCGCCUGCGCUGCGUCCCUAACCCAGAGCUCAUGAGGACUGUGGACGAGUCCAGGUACAUGGACUCUAAACAACAAACGGCCUCCAAACGUGCCUCCCACACUAAGAUGGAUUACAACGAGCUGCUCCAGCAUUUUGACCGCGUCCAGAGCAAACAUCUGGAGGUGCGACACCAGCGCUCUAGACGUGCCUCUGACCACCCGGACAGGAAGCUGAUUUGAAGUCAUUGUGCCAUAGCGACCUCAGGUCAUUGAGAACAGUAAGAGAACGGGAAAGGAAAUUAUGUUAGGACAUAUAUCAAGUUGUACUGAAAGAUGCUAAUGAAGCCAAAAAGUAUUAAGUGAGUACAAUUUAAAAACUGUCUUAUCAGAGAAGCACUGGAUCUACAGUACAUUUUCACUAAACAUCUCUUAUGUUUGAAAAUGUUUCUGCUUGUAAAGAGGGAAAGAUUAUGUAACAUAAGCAAGAUACAUUUAAAACAAGGAACAGAUUUAAUACUCGUCAGGUUGUACUUAAUGUGAAGACUCAAAGAAUGUGCAUAAAAUCGCCUGCAUCACAACCAGUGGUGGUGAGGAUGUGGUCAUAUCCCGAGUUAUCAUCCUGCUCCGUCAGCUGCCCAGGCUCUUUUUUCCAGCAUAAAUGAAAUAUUGACAGUAUUUCAACCGAAACAGUCGCGCAUGCCAGUGUUAAAUAUUACACUUGUUUCAUCUGCUGUCCACGUGAACCACAGUAUUUUCACGGUGUUUCCUUCUGAGCAGUACAAAUAGAGCGUGAACUCUUUGUUGCCUUAAUCUCAUGACAGCCAGGAAAGAAGUCUGCACCCGGCUCGACCGAGGUGACCUCUGGAAGCUGUGGGUGACUGAUAUGCUGGUAUAAACUCUGGAUAGACCCGCACUGUUUAACCUUUUGUCAUUUCUUUGUUAUUGCAGUUAAUCAGAAACUUGACUUGACACACUUCCGAAGCUUUUAUUUCACUUUCGCGUUCUUACAUAAUCUUCAGCGGAUUUGUAUCGGUCUGUUGUUUGUGCAGUGUCUGUUUGUCUUGCAUUCCUUAAAAAGAAAAAAUCGCACUUCUGUCAUUUUUGUGUGGAAAUUAUUAAAGUGGACCACAUGUUUGAAAUCAUA